AUUAAGUUACAGAGCGGAUGAAACUGGAGGAUAAGGACCGGAGAGUAACGGAAACUGAAAGAGACGAGAGAGAUGGAGUGUUUUUAGAGAAAGAAAGAAAGUGUUUUUGAUCUAUUAUUUUCAUUUUUAUUUAUAUCUUGAUUUAUUGUUAGAACAGUUUUGAGUCUUUGACCCUUCUCUCUCCCUUUAUCUCUCUGCGAUUUAUUUUGCACUUGAAGAUCGAAUCACAAAUCUGAUAUGUUAUCCGAACUCUGUUUCCAAAUCGAAGAAGAUGAGAAGUGUUAACAACAGCGUCGAGACUAUCAACGCCGCAGCCACUGCCAUCAUUUCUGCCGAGUCUCGUGUCCAGCCAACCGUCGUUCAGAAAAGAAGAUGGGGAGGCUGCUGGAGUCUGUACUGGUGCUUUGGUUCUCAUAAAAAUAGCAAGCGAAUUGGUCAUGCUGUUCUUGUUCCUGAACCAGAAGUACCGCAAGCUGUAGUCACUUCUGCUGAAAAUCAAACACAUUCAACUGCUGCCGCUGUUCCUUUCAUUGCUCCUCCCUCUUCUCCUGCUUCAUUCCUCCAAUCUGAUCCCCCUUCUGUCACCCAGUCACCAGCAGGAUUGCUCUCUCUUACUGCUCUUUCAGUGAGUGCAUACUCCCCUGGUGGGCCUGCAUCCAUUUUUGCCAUAGGUCCUUAUGCUCAUGAAACCCAGCUAGUCACUCCACCUGUGUUUUCUGCCUUCACUACUGAACCAUCAACCGCUCCCUUCACUCCUCCUCCUGAAUCUGUUCAGUUGACUACACCUUCUUCCCCAGAAGUGCCAUUUGCUCAACUCCUGACAUCUUCUCUGGAGCGUGCUCGAAGAAACAGUGGGGCAAAUCAAAAGUUUGCAUUAUCCCAUUAUGAAUUCCAGUCUUAUCCACUGUACCCUGGAAGCCCAGGUGGUCAACUCAUCUCACCAGGCUCAAUAAUAUCAAAUUCAGGCACUUCUUCCCCUUUCCCUGAUAGACACCCCCUUCUUGAGUUCCGUAUGGGGGAAGCGCCUAAGCUCUUGGGCUUUGAACAUUUUACCACUCGUAAGUGGGGCUCGAGACUGGGUUCUGGAACUUUGACACCAGAUGGAGUUGGGCUAGGUUCAAGGCUUUGUUCUGGUACUGCGACUCCAGAUGGAGUGGGGCUAGGUUCAAGGCUUGGUUCUGGGUCCGUGACUCCAGAUGGUGUGGGGCUGCGUUCAAGGCUUGGUUCUGGAUCUUUAACGCCUGAUUGUGUGGUGCCUGCAUCUCAAGAUGGUUUGCUUCUGGAAAACCAGAUUUCUGAGGUUGCAUCCCUUGCUAACUCAGAAAAUGCAUCUAAAAAUGAUGAAAAUAUAGUCGAUCAUAGAGUCUCAUUCGAAUUGAGUGGUGAAGAGGUUGCACGUUGUCUUGAAAGCAAGUCAAUGACAUCAUCUAGAACUUUCUCAGAAUGCCCACAGGACAGUAUGGCAGAGGAACAAAUAAACAGUGAGGAGAUUCUAAUUAAUAGUAAUGAUUGUUUACACAUCGGGGAAACUUCCAAUGAAACGCCUGAGAAACCCUCAGGAGAAACGGAAGAAGAGCCUUGCUAUAGAAAACAUCGUUCUAUCACACUUGGGUCAAUCAAAGAGUUCAACUUUGAUAAUUCAAAAGAAGUACCAGAUAAGCCCACUAUCAGCUCUGAGUGGUGGGCCAAUGAAACAAUUGCUGGGAAGGAAGCUAGGCCUGCCAACAACUGGACUUUCUUCCCAUUGUUACAGCCAGAGGUCAGCUGACUCUGAAACCUUGCAAAAUAGCCUCUGCUCUAUCCAUGCACGAGCAACAAUAUUGCUUUCCUGAAUACCUUCGGAUGUAAGUCUGAAGGCAACUGCGUUUUGGAGGUACUGUUCACCAAGUCUGAGAUUACGGUGAUCAUUGCAUGGGUAAAAGUGAUCCAAAUGACAAGUGCUGAGAUAAAAUAGUUUGUAGGGAUCAUUAGUAUGAGAACUGAAAAUUCUUUUCAAUUUUUUCCUUGUAGUUGGUUGUUAUACAAAAAUAGCACUUGCAUAUAGGUGUUGUGUUCUAGAUGGUUUUUGCUUAUCUUGUGUGAUAAUGAGAAAAAAAAAAAAAAAAAA